UUUUCGUCGAUUAUUUCGAAGCUGAAGAAGCUUCAGGAUUCUGUUGAGGACACUUCGGUGAAAGCGUUCAGUAUUUAGAACAAUUUGCCAAUUAAUUUCACUUGAUUCACGCCGAUAAGCUACAUGUAGUCCUUCUUGGUCGUUGAGAAUCCCCAUGGAGAUUGCCUCGGGCUCUGAGGUUCCGUGUAGUAUGUGGAGCGUAGAUGCAGCUUCUUCUACUUGUGUUCGCUUCCUUCAUGUCUGCCUGACCACAUCAGUUUGCUCCAUCCCAACGCAGACAACUUUCAUCCUUAGCCCCAACAAGAAGAUCCUGUCGUUCUAAGUGUAGAAUUUACCGUCUCCAUGCAUUCUUGCGAAGUUCUUGGUUGAAAAAAUUUAAUAGUUAAAUUCUAAUUGUUAGGGGGUCGCUAAUUGUUAGCGAAAUAAUAGAUCAGCCAAUCAGACAUAUUCACCACCUUAUUGCACAGAUGAAUGCCGCUGUUGCUGCCGAUGGCGACGACACUGAUCCCCAGCAGCUCGCCUCCACCUACGGUCUGCGCGCGCUCGCAACCGUUGUAUUCGACAUAGACUCUGGACAAAAGCUCGACGCGCUGUAUCCUCCGACUUGUGGUCUAUCUGAGGCUGCCAAGACGAGUCUUGCGCAUUUGUCACUGCCCCACUGCAACAACCAGGACGAGGGCGAUACGCAGUUCAUUGUGCGCUUUCGAGACGACCCUGAGGAGUUCGUUGCAGUAUCUUGAUGCUUAAUGCCGUGUACUUUUCCUGGCUAACUCGCGACUGUGUUAUUAACAGCCGAGAGCUCCUAUUCGGCUUUGUGUUAUUCCGCCAGCAGAAGGACGAGUCUCGCACCCGCGGCUACUUCCAGAAGGCGCUAGUACUGGUGAGUACAAAACCUUACGUGGAUCUAUACGACCGGGUGCUGCGGGUGAUCGGACCACUCUUCUUCAAAGUCGGCCCGCACGUCUUAGCUGCGGUCUACAACAACAUAAAAUCGUGGCCUGAGCUCGUGCAUGACACUCCCGUGGUGCUGCCGCUUGCUGGCACGUACAUCUCGUGUAUCGUCCCGAAGUUGCUCGACUAUGAGCAUCCGGAUUCAACGUACGAGUCCGAUGCAGAGUCGCCAUUGCACUCGCAUUUCAUUAUCGAGGGAGACGACGAUGCCACAGAUAUACCGGGUUUCAAUGAUGUAGAUGAAGACGACGGAGAUGAGGAUGACGAUACCGAGGAGACUGUGCUAGUGAAAGAAGGCAAUUUUGUGGUAUCGCACAGACAACAUCCUCCGUCACCAUCUUUUGGAGAUCUUCUUCUUUCGAAACGGACACACCAAUUAACUCCGUUUGAGAACAUUGGACUGUACUCCAGUUUUGUGGGACUGGAGGAAUCACUAUGGCUUUUAUGGCAACUUGCAAUUACUGGAGAGAGCUUUCUGAUCUUAUCUCCUCACGCCAGAACAUGCAGUCAAGCUGCGCUCGCAUUUACCAGUUUAAUUGCCCCACUCCAGUUCCAAGGCGAUUGCCGGCCAUAUUUCACAGUAUAUGAAGCCGAUUUUGACACGCUCUCAAGCAGACAAAACCACGGUGUCAGUAACCCGAAAGACGUGACUGUCAUCGGAACCACAAACCCGUUCUUUAUGAAGUCGCUCAGCCACUGGCCAAAUGCUCUCAUCUUUCCGUUCCUAGAACCUCCACGCGCUAAAGUGCAUUCAGCAAAAGGCGCCGUUAGAGCUGAACAUACCGAAGCGGAGGAAACGGGCACUAUUUGCCUUCGCAUUCAGAAGAACGUGGAGCUGGAUGAUUUCGAGAAUAGCCAUCGCCCCAUGCUAUUGAGGCGUUGCCCGCGCUGUAUGACCCCAGACGUCACAGUUCUUCACCAGCUCGUAUCUCCUCCAGAAGUCCGCAUUACUCAGACUACGAGCCACGAAGAAGAGCCAUACGUCACGAUCAACAAUGCAGUUCUUCGAAAGCAUUUCCGGAAGCUCACGAAGGAUUUCUUACUCCCGUUUGAGCAGUACUUCGGUAUCUGGAAAGCUAGUGGGAGGCGGUCAAAUCUGUACAUGAGUGCUGAGGACUACAUGAAGCCUUUUACUCUGCCUGGAUUACUGUCAAGUAUCAAGCCACGGAAGCUUCCUCCACAGAUCAAACAGGGCAAGUGGAAAGCUCUAUACAAAGCGUUCGUACAGGGCCCUCACUUCGAGCCGUGGUUCAAUUACCGUCGCCAGCGCUGCAUUCACGAUUUCGCUAACACACUUCGCGCGCUUCGAGACGGAGUCGACUCCGAUUUACUAUUAUGUUCACCCUUCGGAGCUAACUUAUCACAGGAGCAAUACAUCAAGUUGAAAAAGGAGAUGGAAGUCGCACUGGCGUUUGAGAAAGCUCGAAGUGAAGUGGACAAACAGCAAGUCCGGACAAUUAAGAAGCAUCUAAAGGCAGUCAAAGAGAAACUCCGCUCUUUCAAACAAACCCAAUAGAUCAAAUACAAGUCUCAAUAGAAAAUAUCUAAACCGUGCUCGAC